AUUUGUAUGUAUUUUACAUCUUUCUUUGCAUGGAUUUCGAAAAAAAAACGAAAAGGGCAAUCACAACAGGAGGAAUAAAAGGCGAUAAAUAAUUUGAACAGCAAUUUCCAAGCCUAAAGUAAGAACAAACAGCGAGUCUACACCGAUUGGUCAAGUGUCAAGAAGUAGAACUCAAAUUUAAUCAGAUGUCAUGUACCUUCAUCGCUGAAUAGUGUCGAGGCAGAUUAAACAAAAAAAAAACGUUGAACGUUCCUUAAAAAGUAACAAAAAACAUCUACAGAAGACAAAAGUAGAGCAAAGAGACUGAUUUUGUAUUAUCGAAAAGUACGAAGUUUCGAGUUUUGGAGGCAUUAAACACAUUCGGUUCAUCAGUUAAAUUUUAUUUUUUUUUCGAGAAACACCAACCCCGACAGUCCUUCAAAAAGUUUGAGUGCAAACAUAUUCAUAAAAAUUUUGAACAAAUGUUUGUGAAGGCAUCCAACAGAAACUUUCCAUAGCUUUUUCGUAUCAUAUUAGAGUUGUGCAAUUGUGAGUAAAUAUGGGUAAACGCAUGGCAGUUACAGAGGCAAAGCAUGCAACGCCGACAACUCGCACUAUACGCAAACGAAAAAGAAAUUCUUCUGGAGUUGCAGCUGAUGUAAUCUCGGCUACAGCCAAGGUACUACGAGGAGGUCAUAACUACUGGCACGAAAACGAUGACGAAGAUUCGUCUUCAAAUGAUGCCACAAACGUAACACCACAAGUGAGAAAUCUGUCUACAAAACAGGCCAACAACUCGUCGAUUCUACUUAGCGCUAAUACGUCAGUGAACGAAUCCCCAAAGCCAGUGUAUACUUUGCUGCCAUCCGUGGUUAAUGGUACUAUUAUGUAUGACCUGAUGCAGAAGCCGUGGCGACUUGGUAAACCUAUUGGAAAGGGAAAUUUUGGUGAAAUUUUUUUGGCUUCAGACAACAUCACCAUUCCUGUAUCUAACGAGAAUGCUAAAUUCGUUGUGAAAAUCGAACCGCAUUCAAACGGACCGUUAUUUGUGGAAAUUCAUUGUUUAAUGAACACUGCCAAAGAUGACUCUAACCAUGUGAAAGCGGAAAAGGAAAAUUCGAUUAGGCAGCAGAAUAUCGCAGCAUCUUUACCGCAAAAUCCUCCGUCUGGUAUACCAAACUACAUUGCAUCCGGCUCUCACUAUUUCGGAGAUGCACGCUACCGGUUUCUAGUAUUGCAACGGUUCGAUCGCGAUUUACACUCUUUAAUUAAAAAUUGUCGUGUCCACCAAAAAUCUGUGUUAACUCUAGCAAUACAGAUAGUAAAUGUUUUGGAAAAGCUACAUGACAAGGGCUAUUGCCAUAACGAUGUCAAAGCGCAAAAUCUUAUGAUUUCCAAAUGCAAGUAUUAUAAAAAACAAACUGCAACUGCCCCAGUCACAACGGGCAAUGGUAAAUCGUCACGCUCUUCUAAUCUAAAGUCUUCGAAAUAUGAUGAACAUUACGAGGAAAAACAGCAGACUACAGAUAGCGGCAAUAGUUCAGAGCAAGAAGCGAACGAUGACGAUGACGACGACGCUGAUUUUGUUGUUAAACGGAAAAUGUUUGUCGACGAAGAUGAGGAGGAGGAUGAGGACUUUGAUGAUGGCGCCACAACAAAUAGUAACAAUAGCAAUACUGUAGACAUUUACGAAACUCCUGUAAAUCGCAAUCGAAAGCGCCGACCACGCAACACUGUAGUAGAAUACAGUGGAUCUAAUCCAGUACGCUCAUGUCGGCGACAAAAAAGAAAUUCCAUCUAUGAGGAGAUGGUUAAGUCACAUUAUUUACGACCCGCAAAACGUAUUAGUUAUUCGGAAUUCUUUAACGAGGAUGGUAUUUCUGUAAAAGAAGACACAGCUGAUUCAAAGUCGAUCGCAUCUGAUGACGAUUCCGAAGAAUUUUUACCAAGUUCCGCUCGUCGUUCGGCAGCUAUCAAAAAGUCCAGCCACUCUUCAAAUACCUACACAACUACCGCCCCAAAACGCUUAACACGGCGUCAAGAAAAACUCAUUAAUAGUUUGAGUACCAGCAAGCAUUUGUCUAGUGACACUGGAAACUUAAAUUCAGCUACAACUGCAGUUGCGGAAUCGCUUGUAGCAGUCGAGGAAGAACGUAUCUUCCUUAUUGAUUUCGGUUUGGCUUCCAAGUUUAUGGAUAAUGGGGUACAUCGCCCUUUUGUUAUGGAUCAGCGCCGCGCACAUGAUGGCACUUUAGAAUUUACAUCGCGUGAUGCUCACAUGGGUGCCCAUUCACGCCGCAGUGACCUAGAAUGUUUGGGAUAUAAUUUAAUAUUUUGGUCUCAAGGCUAUUUGCCAUGGAAAGAUGCUGCAACACAACAUCAACAAGAAAAGGUACAUCGUGCUAAAGAGUACCUAAUGACCGAUGUGCGCGAAAUGCUAAAGCAAAUCUAUGGCAAACAAGUUCCUAAAUAUUUGGGUGAAUUUCUACAUCAAGUUGGCCAAUUGGCCUACCACGCUCGUCCGGAUUAUGCACGGUAUCGUCGCUUAUUCGAACGUGAGUUUGAACAACUCGGAUAUUCACUUGGUGAAUUGCGUUUGGACAGCAACGAAAUUGCCCGCAGUUGUGUGCGCGUUAAAGAAGAAAUCGAGAACAAAAAUGAUAUAUUCGAAAUGAAUAAACAUAACGGUAACGCAGCAUGGAGUAUUAUGAACUUGUCAGUUGGCACACCAUUCCAUGAGCGCACUCUAUCCAAUCGAGUGUCGCCGAAAAAUUUGAGGUCUAAAUCUGACAAGAAAUCAAUGAAAAAGAAAAAGUUCUCUUGGGCGGAAAUACUAUCACAAGAUCCCGAUCAGAUCGCACGCGAACGCGCAGAAAAGGAGUUCGAUCGUGAGGAGGAAUUGAGUGAAGUUCAACAACCAGUAGCGCGUCGGUAUGAGGGAAAGCCAACGUAUGCUAUACUUGAGAUACAACAACGCUUAAAAUUAAGCGGGAGGCUAGUAGAAGAGAAUUGCGAUUCACAACAAGAAGAUAAUCAAACUGACGAAGAUCAGGAUGAUGACGGCCAGGAAGAGCAGGAGGACAUGGAAGUGGACGAGACAGAUGAACCAGAAGACAAUGGAGAUGAUUGUGACGAUGAAAGCGAAGACGAUGAUGAUGAUAAUGACGAGGAGGAGGAAGAAGAAGACGUCGAUACAGAUUCUACUGAAGACACCAACUCUGUGCUUAACGGUGGACGUAAUACACGAGCACACAACACCCGAUCAACCAGAACAAAGGUGCCAAUGAAAUCUUCAGACAGGGAAGUUCGAAAUCGAGGCAGCGUAAAGCAGCGUUCAGUAAAAUCUACAGCCAAAACAACACCACAUGUAAAUAAAUCAAGAACAAGCCAACCUGUCACAAAGUCUAUUAGCAAACGUUCUAGUGCCAGUACAACGCGUAGUAAUCGUAAAGGUUGUAGUAAUGAUGCUAUGCAAAAUGUCGAUCACGCUACGGUUAGUAACAGCAGUGCAAGUGGAAGGCCAGAACGACGUACUCGUCGUUGCUUAAUUAAGACUGAUACAGAGAUGGAUGAUCCAAUGGAUCAACAGGAAAGUAAUUCAAAUUUCAGUCCGGAUGUUUGUAGUUUAUUCAACGUCUGGAAAAAAAUCAAUAACGAAAAUAUUUACUAUCGUGGCAGCAAUGCCGCUGCAGCGGCAUCAACCCGACACUGUAAGAAGUGAAAAAAUAAACGUAUACAUACAUACAUUUAGAGGUUCCAGAGAAACUUUGUAAUAUUUCUAAAUUUUACACUGUUUUCAACUAUUGUACUUUAAUUUAAAUAAGCAUUAAUUUGAAUGCUUCAAUGGCAUAGAAUAAACUAGAGUAGUGCAGAAGACCCAUUACAAAAAAGAAAUUAACCGAAGGAAAGGUUAUAGAUAAUAUUCAUGGCAUGUUUACAUUUUUAACACAACACGUUUAACACAAUUUGCGAAGAAAAUUCGAAAAGGGGUGAGCAAAGUUAAAAUUGUAACAAAGGAACUCAUAAUAAAAAUAAAACAUUUGAAUAACAUUAUACAAUAUUUUAUGCAUAAUAGUUAAUUUUAUUAUGAUCGCAUGCCC